AUGGACGGAACUCCCCCUCGACCGUCAUACGCAUUACCCAACUACGACGACGAUCAUGAUCACCUUACGCACGGGUCGGGAGGAAACCCAGCAGCAGUCAGGUUACUGACAUCUAUGGAAGAACCACUACCGGAAUCUCGACCGUAUGUGCCUCCAACCGUGACAGAUGCACCAAUGUCCCCAACUCUUGUGCCCCUCCCACUAGCUCCCAGAAAAGAAGCAAAAGUAAAGAAACGAAGGCGCACCACUACUGUAAAGUUACAGAAAAAGAAAAGGCCCCUUCAUGAACCCCAAGGCGAGUUCAAGCAGGACCUCCCGACGAUUCCGGAGGGACCGUCCCCUCGAAGAAGUUCUCUUCUUAAGAAGAAAUCACCCAAUAGAGAUAGAGACAGCAGCCCCCCGAGUAACCCCAUCAACCUUGAUAACAAUGGCUCACCAAAGACACUUGAUAGUAUUCGACCGUCGCCUCGCCGAACGUAUCAAACAUCAAUCAGAUCAACACAUUCUCGGGGAUCCUCCAUCCUCGACCCGCCUCACCUCGCGCCGGGAGAUUCCGUAUAUGAGGAAUAUCGAUCGCGAGAUACAAGCCCUCCUCGACCUUGGACCCCAUCCUCGAGGAUGUCCGGAUUUACCGAUUAUUCACGACCACCACCCUCAAGUAUGCAAUACGAACCAGCAGAUCUCAACGGUAGUCCUAGGCCGGGCACGCCAUCGUCAAGAUAUGGAGGAAGCCCUCGCAGACCAUUACCUCGUGCUCCUCUAUUCGGAGCGCGAGACUCUCAUUAUGCAGCGGAUGAUGCGACGGUGAACAUUCCUCUAGAUGGUGUCCACGACGAUGUAUUCGGACCCGAAGAAUCGGAUAUUAGUGGCGCCUAUCCAUAUCAUCACGACUCGUAUGCCGGGCAAUCGCAAGUCACCCUUAGCGAGGAAGACUCGCAAGCGCCUCUAGACGAGAAGGUCGAGCAUUAUGGUUCUGCGCCCGAAGGAAGACAAGAGCGUCGUGGCGUCCGCGCCCCUCUCACUUCAAAAAAGGAGGUGCAGCUAAUUAACGGUGAACUGAUUCUCGAGUGUAAGAUUCCCACUAUCUUGUACAGCUUUCUGCCUCGCCGCGACCAAGUCGAGUUCACUCACAUGCGAUAUACGGCCGUGACCUGUGAUCCGGACGAUUUCGUCGAAAAGGGUUACAAGUUGAGACAAAACAUCGGCCGGACAGCUCGGGAAACAGAACUUUUCAUAUGUGUUACCAUGUAUAAUGAGAACGAGAUUGACUUCACCCGCACGAUGCACGCCAUCAUGAAAAACGUAAGUCACUUCUGCGGCCGCAACAAGUCCCGCACGUGGGGAGAGAACGGAUGGCAAAAAAUUGUCGUCUGUAUUGUGUCGGAUGGACGAGAAAAAGUCCAUCCGAGAACGCUAGAUGCGUUGGCCGCGAUGGGUGUUUAUCAACACGGCAUCGCCAAGAACUUCGUCAACCACAGGGCCGUGCAAGCCCAUGUGUACGAAUAUACGACACAAGUCUCGUUAGACUCGGACCUUAAGUUUAAAGGUGCUGAAAAGGGAAUUGUGCCUUGUCAGAUGAUUUUCUGUCUCAAGGAAAGGAACCAGCGGAAGCUCAACUCCCACCGUUGGUUUUUCAAUGCUUUCGGGAAAGCCUUGAAUCCCAAUGUCUGCAUCUUGCUCGAUGUCGGAACGAAACCUAGCACAAACUCUCUAUAUCAUCUUUGGAAAGCAUUUGAUACCGAUUCAAACGUCGCAGGCGCAUGUGGCGAGAUCAAAGCGAUGAAAGGAAGGCUCGGAGGCAACCUCUUGAACCCUCUAGUUGCUUCGCAGAACUUUGAAUACAAGAUGUCUAAUAUUCUGGACAAGCCUCUCGAGUCUGUGUUUGGCUAUAUUACAGUAUUACCCGGUGCGCUGAGUGCCUACCGAUACCACGCAUUACAAAACGAUGAGACAGGCCAUGGGCCUCUCAGCCAAUACUUCAAGGGAGAGACGUUACACGGCCAACACGCUGACGUAUUUACGGCGAAUAUGUAUCUAGCUGAGGAUCGUAUCUUGUGUUGGGAGUUAGUUGCAAAGAGGAAUGAGAGAUGGGUAUUAAAAUACGUAAAAGGUUGCACAGGCGAGACGGAUGUGCCAGAUUCUGUCCCGGAGUUUAUCUCUCAGAGACGUCGUUGGCUUAAUGGUGCAUUUUUCGCUGCUGUGUACUCGCUGGUGCACUUCAAGCAGAUAUGGAACACGGACCAUACCAUCGCGCGCAAAGUGCUCCUUCAUAUCGAAUUUGUUUAUCAGUUUAUACAGCUCUUGUUCACUUUCUUCUCCCUUGCGAACUUUUACCUGGCUUUUUACUUCAUCGGUGGUGGGCUUACGGAUCCUGCCAUGGACCCUUUCGGACACAAUAUCGCUUUGUACAUCUUCACAGUGCUACGGUACACAUGUGUGCUCUUAAUCAGCAUGCAGUUCAUCAUUUCGCUGGGUAAUCGUCCGCAGGGGGCGAAGAAACUCUAUCUUGCAAGCAUGAUAAUAUACAGCAUUAUCAUGGUCUAUACGACUUUCGCGACUAUCUUCAUCGUCAUCCACACGGUCAAGGGAGACCAGAUAAAGCUUGGCAACAACACAUUUACGAAUCUAAUCGUGUCGACGGCGUCGACAGUCGGGCUGUAUUUCCUCAUGAGCUUUCUCUACUUGGAUCCAUGGCAUAUGAUCACUAGUUCGGGCCAAUAUUUUGCACUAUUGCCCAGCUACAUCUGCACGCUGCAAGUGUACGCUUUCUGCAACACGCACGACGUUACAUGGGGUACCAAGGGAGAUAACGUCAUGAAGACGGACUUGGGCGGGGCCGUGGGGAAGGGCAGCUUUGUGGAGCUGGAGAUGCCGAGCGAGCAGCUGGAUAUCGAUUCGGGCUAUGAUGAGGCGCUCCGCAAUCUUAGGGACCGCGUAGAGGUGCCGACGCCACCGAUCUCGGAGGCGCAGAUGCAAGAGGACUACUACCGGAGCGUACGAACAUACAUGGUUGUUAGCUGGAUGAUGGCCAACUCCAUUCUCGCCAUGGCCGUCAGCGAGGCUUACGGAUACAAGGAUGUUGGUGGUAACUUCUACCUGUCGUUUAUCCUAUGGGCAGUCGCGGCGCUGGCCUUGUUCCGAGCCUUGGGCAGCACGACGUUCGCGAUCCUGAACGCGAUCAAUAUGGUCGUCGAAGGCCGCGUCCGUCUGAGUCUCAAGGUACCGGAAUGGGUCCCUGAGUGGAUGGGCGGGAUCGGAAGCAAGAUUAGCGAUACCAUGAGCAGCAUUACCAGUAGUGUGCGAUCGUGA